UCUCUUCCAUGCGUCUGCGCCAGACUUCCCCAGGAAUCGGGGAAAUUUCGGGACCUGUCAUCGCCAUUGUGUUGAAACGUAGUUGUUUUGAUCAGAGCAAAUCUUUGAUUAAAUAUAUAAGAUUAUUCAUUUCAUUGAUCUCUGAGGUAAAGGAUUUAAGCUUUCGAUUUCAACAUGACAAUCGCUCAGCAGUUUUUAGGGAAAAAGAGCUGUAAACAGCAAGAAGAACCUUUGGUCCCGGCUGAAAAAACGCCCAACUUAAAAGAUGCUGAAGAAGGAAGACCUGUUGUUGUCACCAUGCAUGCUCAUGUUAGAAGAGUUAGUUCUCUGACAACUCUUUGCGUAUUUGCUACAGCUUUGCUUGUCCUGACAACUGGAAUUAUUGGAGGGAUGUAUCUGUAUCGGCAUUUUGCACAUUACAAGUUUAAUCCAGAGAUUUGUAAAUCUGAGUCUCAUUUGCAGGUUGGACAAAGUGCAAAUCUUCGUCAUUUCCGUGGAUGGUGCUCCAUUCCCUAUCUUCCUGAUAUUCAAGGUGAACCAAGCCAACCCGUGGCUUCCAGUUUGAAACACCAUCCUGUUGUAACUGAAGCUUCAGAAACCAAAUCUCCAAAAGUUAAUUUCUUUGAAGAGGAAUUUGACAUCGAUGUGAAAUUUGAGCAGUAUGAACGCAUUGAAGUACCUUCAUUUGAACAUGGCAGGAGAGCUCAAUUUGUUCACGACUUUGUUGCUAAUAAAACCGGCAUUGUGGAUUACGAAAAUCGUCGCUGUUUCGUUAUGGUAUUGAAUCGUAACUUUGUGUAUCCACCACGUGUUCUGUAUGAACAGAUAGCCAAAAUGAGAGCUGGUUACUAUGAUGCCGAUACUCAGACAGUGAGACAUACCAUGCAAGUUGUAACACCACCAGUUAGUGAUCUCAAGAAUGUUGGUUUAUUUAUUGCUCGUGAUUGUGCCCAAACCCCUAUUUAUAUGUUAGAGAAGGCUACUUCUCCUAUUUACAAAAGAAGCGUAGAUAGUGAUGGCAAGAAAAUGUUUGUUGAAUUUGCUGGUAACAAAGUGAAUGAGUUCAACAUUGUCAACAUAGAUGAAGCAACUCCAGGUGGUACAUCUGCUGAAAGCUCCUAAUUUUUUUUUUUCCUUCUGGAUCUCUGCAUCUAUUUUAUUGCAAAUAUAAAUAUGCAGACCACAACAUAUUAAGCACCAUGUUAUUUGUAAUAGUAAAGCUUUUGUUUAAAAUUCGAUGACAGUGUUAAAAAAAAAAUUAGUGAUGUGUCUUGUUUAACAAAACAGUUUGUUAAACUGUGUUUUAUCAUACAUGACUAGUCGUAGAAAAUCAUUUUUUUUUUUUUUUUUUUAUUUUGUACCGUUUAGUAUUAUCUUAUAAUGCAAGACCAAAGAUGAGUUUAUAUAUAUUUCUUUGCAUGUUUGAGUACAAGAAUUGUACAUUCAGAUGAGGAUUGAUGAAAUAGAUUUAAUUUUUGUUGGCCAUUACCUUGUAUAUGAGGAAUUUGUUCCAAGUAAAAGAUAUUAGCUUAAUUAAAGCUAAACGGGGCCAAUCAGUACCUUAUUUCUCAAAAGCAGGUAUCUUUAAAUUUGUGAUGUUAUUAGGCUGUUAAAAGUAAUAACAUAUGCGGUGACAUUUUUUCAAUGUGGGAUAAAGUUAUGAUUUCAUUUUUAAUACUUUAAAAAAAUUCAUAAUCUGACACCAGACUUCCUUCCUAUUCAUAUCAAAUCAAGCUUGAUGUUUUUUGUUCAUGUAAAACUAGUAGAGUGCAAUAUUCACCUAGUAUAUUAAAAAAAACUGGCAAGUAUCCCCUAAAAUGUACGCCAUUCAGUAAUUAGUAACAUCUUCAAUUAAUCUACUUGUUAUAUGUAGACAUUUUCUGAAAAUAUAUAUUACUUAAUCUUCAUCUGUAAAUAUACUGUUAAGUCAGAUUCUGUGAAAUGAAUUUACUUAAAUGUUAGAAAUGUAUAGCACUAUUUCCUUUUGAGGAAUUUAAUUACGUCUGCCAAUUUUUUGCAUUUUGAAAUUUAAAAAAAAAAUGGCAGAUUAUUUUUCUUUUGCAUAUCAUUCAUUAUCUGUGCCAUUUGAUACUUUUAUGCAUUUUUAUUUAUGAAUAGAUGUCUUUCAUUUAGUUUCUUUACUUGAUUUUUAUGUGUUGAUAUUUAAUUUUUUUGAAAACUGUAUGUUGCAAGUAAUUUAUGUAAAGGCUGAGCUUCUUCCUUUAUCUACUUAUGUAAGUUAGAAAUAAAGAUUUCUUAAUCUA